AUGCCAAAUCUCAAUAAAAUAGUUGAGAUCAAUGUCAAUCAACACCGCAAGUUGACAAGUAGUAGCCAAGGUUCAUCCAAAUCCAAAUCCAAAUCAAAAACGCCAAAGAGAAAAGGGCCUAUGGAUGUUUACGUCACACCCAAUCCUGAAUCAGUGGUGAAAAAUCGAAAAGACCAAGCAAAAGGGAAACAAAUCAAAAUUGAUGCAAAUGACCCUUACAAAAAAGAAAUAAGAGCUCGAGCACUACAAAGAUUUGCAAGGUGGAUGUAUGAUGAUGGCAUCCCUUUUAAUGCAGUAAAUUAUGAGAGUUUUGGACCAAUGAUUGAAGCCAUUGACCAAUAUGGUCCUGGUAUGAAGCCACCGACAUACCAUGAAGUGCGGGUUACCCAACUCAAAAAAGAAGUGAAACAUACUGAAGAUUUGAUGAAGAAUCAUAAAGAGGAUUGUGCAAAAUACGGGUGUUCCAUAAUGGCAGAUGGUUGGACUGAUAAGAGAGGAAGGACAUUGAUUAACUUUUUAGUUAAUUGUCCAAGAGGAACCAUGUUUGUUGAGUCGGUUGAUGCUUCUAGCUAUUCAAAGGAUGGGCAAAAGUUAUUUGAAUUACUAGACAAGUUUGUGGAGAAAGUUGGAAAAGAGAAUGUGGUGCAAGUUAUAACUGAUAGUGCUGCAGCUAAUGUGUUGGCGGGGAGGUUUUUGGAAGCUAAGUAUGAACACUUGUAUUGGACACCAUGUGCUGCUCAUUGUUUGGACUUGAUGUUAGAAGACAUUUUCAAGAUACCUAGACUGAAAAAGACAUUUGAAAGGGGUAUUGCAGUACAUGGCUACAUUUACAAUCGGCCUACGUUGCUAAACAUGAUGAGGCGUUUUACAAAUUUGAAGAAUUUGAUCAAGCCUGCAAAAACUAGAUUUGCAGCCGCCUUUUUGACUUUGUCUAGGAUGCAUCAACAAAAAAACAAUUUGAGAAAGAUGGUCACCUCCGAAGACUGGACCUCAAGCAAAUGGUGA